AUGUUACAGCAAAAACAAAUUUCGAAGAUUUUACAACAGGGAUUAACCCCAAUAACACUCAACUCCAAGUCCAACUCCCAAUCCACAACAUCAAUACCAACAUCUACCCACUCAAUCAAGUCGAUUUCAUUAUUAUCCAAACAAGGUAUUCCAUUAAUAACUGUUAGUUCGACCUUGGGCUCGUCGGGUGCAGAUUCUGGUUCUAGUAUUAGUGAUCAAGACUACAAAAUAUAUUCGAUAAUUGCAUACAAUUCAUUAAACAAGCCUAAAGAAAGUGACAAUGGCAAUGAUAAGAAGAAUGAAACUUGGAGUAUAAUACAAUUUGAGCCGGGAUUAAAAUGCAUGAUUGAACGAUGUCUUGAUAUGUAUUUAGCGGUAUACUAUGAUGGUCGAGUUGACAACAGGGAUGGAAAAACAAAAAGUGACAGUAAUAAUAAUAACGAUUCUGAAGAGGCUGUCAACGGGGGUGCAGAAGAUGUCAAGGUAAAUGGGACUAGACAACUGGAAGUUGAAAUAGAUGCAUUUGUGAAAUUGAAAAUGGACGGGUUGGUACUGAGUUUACAUGAUGGAUUACUUGGAUAUAACAAUGAAUAA